CCCGCCCAGGAGCCCAGCCCGGCCGCGGCGGCCGCUGCAGCCCGGAGGGUCCAUGCUUGUGAUUCUCAAUGGAGAGUGAAAGCACAGAUUCAUAAUGAAAACCAGCCCCCAUCGGCCACUGAUUCUCAAAAGACGGAGGCUGCCCCUUCCUGUUCAGAAUGCCCCAGGUGAAACAGCAGAAGAGGAGCCCAAGAGGUCCCCUGCCCGACAAGAGGCUGGUCAAGGGCAGGCCUCCAAGGAUGAGCCUGAGUCCAACCCUUGCAGGUUUCCAGCUGGAAUCAAGAUUAUUAACCAUCCCACCAUGCCCAACACCCAAGUGGUGGCCAUCCCCAACAAUGCCAACAUACAGAGCAUCAUCACAGCAUUGACCGCCAAAGGAAAAGAGAGUGGCAGCAGUGGGCCCAACAAAUUCAUCCUCAUCAGCUGUGGGGGAGCCCACACACACCCACCAGGACCCCAGCCCCAAGCACAAACCAGCAGUGAUCCCAACAGGACAGAAGUGAUUCCUGAGACCCUGGGGCCAAAGCCUGCAGCGAGGGAUGUGAAUCUUAGACUACCUGGAGCCCUUCCUGGGCAAAGAUGGGAGAGCUGUGCUGGCGGUGAGGCAGCAGGUUGCACUCUCGACAAUAGCUUGACCAACAUCCAGUGGCUUGGAAAGAUGAGUUCUGAUGGACUGGGUUCCUGCAGCAUCAAGCAAGAGAUGGAGGAGAAGGAGAACCAGCACCUGGAGCAGAGUCAGGUUAAGGUUGAAGAGCCCCCCAGCACAUCCACUUCCUGGCAGGACUCGGUAUCUGAGCGGCCCCCCUACUCUUACAUGGCCAUGAUACAGUUCGCCAUCAACAGCACAGAGAGGAAGCGCAUGACCUUGAAAGACAUCUACACUUGGAUCGAGGACCACUUCCCCUAUUUUAAGCACAUUGCCAAGCCGGGCUGGAAGAACUCCAUCCGCCACAACCUUUCUCUCCAUGACAUGUUUGUGCGAGAGACAUCUGCCAACGGCAAAGUCUCUUUUUGGACCAUACACCCCAGCGCCAAUCGCUACUUGACAUUGGACCAGGUGUUUAAGCCACUGGACCCAGUGUCUGCACAAUCGCCCGAGCACUUGCAAUCACAGCAGCAGAAACGACCCAAUCCUGAGCUCCGCCGGAACGUGACCAUCAAAACUGAACUCCCACUGGGCGCACGGCGGAAGAUGAAGCCACUGCUGCCACGGGUCAGCUCGUACCUGGUGCCCAUCCAGUUCCCAGUGAACCAGUCUCUGGUGUUGCAGCCCUCGGUGAAGGUGCCGCUGCCCCUGGCGGCUUCUCUCAUGAGCUCAGAGCUUGCCCGCCAUAGCAAGCGGAUCCGUAUUGCUCCCAAGGUGCUGUUGGCUGAUGAGGGCAUUGCCCCUCUGGCUGCCACAGAACCAGUGAAAGAGGAGAAACUCCUGCUUGGAGAAGGGCUGUCUUCUCUGCUUCCAGUUCAGUCCAUCAAGGAGGAAGAAAUCCAACCCGGGGAAGAAGUGCCUCACGCAGGGAGACCCAUCAAAGUGGAGAGCCCGCCCCUGGAAGAGUGGCCCUCGCCCUGCCCUUCGGUCAAGGAGGAAUUGUCUCGCUCCUGGGAGGAUUCGUCCCACUCUCCCACUCCCAGGCCCAAGAAGACCUACUGUGGGCUCAGGUCCCCCACCCGCUGUGUCUCUGAAAUGCUCGUCAUCAAGCGAAGGCAGAAGAGGGAGAUGAGCCGGUCUCGAAGGAAACAGCAUCUCCAGCCUCCCUGUCUGGAUGAGCCUGAGCUGCUCUUCUCCGAGGGCCCCGAGACCUCCCGGCCAGCCACAGAGCUCGCUCGUGCCGCAGCAUCCUCUGAGUCUGCCUGUCAGCCUGGCUACUCUCAGGUGGAGGGAGAACCUUUUAAGACACCCAUAAAGGAGACACUGCCCAUCUCCUCCACCCCCAGCAAAUCUGUCCUCCCCAGGACCCCUGAAUCCUGGAGGCUCACACCCCCAACCAAAGUAGGGGGGCUAGAUUUCAGUCCAGUACGAACCCCCCAUGGUGCCUUUGGUCCCCUGCCUGACUCCCUGGGGCUGACAGAUCUCAGCACCACCCCACUGAAAAGCAUCCCCCUCUUUGACUCACCCCGAGAGCUCCUCAAUUCCGAGCCCUUUGACCUCACUUCUGACCCCUUCAGCAGUUGUUCCCCGUCAAAUAUGGAGGUCCCCAAGCCAGACUCCCCUGAACCACAGGUUACUAGCCUUUUAGCCAACCGUUCUCUGACAGAAGGCCUGGUUCUGGACACAAUGAACGACAGCCUCAGCAAGAUUCUGCUGGACAUCAGCUUCCCUGGCCUGGAGGAGGACCUGCUGGGCCCUGACAACAUCAACUGGGCCCAGUUCAUUCCCGAGCUGCGGUAGAGACACGGCCUUCCCCUUGCUGCUCAAGCUGUCCACUCUCUGGGGGUUCAUGUCACUGGGUAGUCCAGGCCCUCUGAGAACAGCAGGCAGAGACCGUCCGCUCCUCCAGCCCCACCUUGCCUGUUAUGCCGAGACAGACGUCACACCACCGCUGCCACCGGGCCUCGGAGAGCUGCGAGGCCCUGGGAACCAGUCUCUUCCACCUUAUGCCUCCUGAGAGAUUCUGAUUCCCCACUGCCCCUUCUAGGGUGGGAAGAGCAAAAACAAGGGUGAAGAGAAAUUAGAAAACUCCCCAGUCUACGGCCAUACCACCCUGAACGCGCCCGAUCUCCUCUGAUCUUGGAAGCUAAGCAGGGUUGGGCCUGGUUAGUACUUGGACGGGAGAAAAAUCCCCAAACUUUGCAUUCUCCGCCCAGCAGUCUCUCACCUUCCCUGUAAAUAGUGUAUAUUCUCCAAAUUAUCCUCUAAUUAUAAAUGUAAGCUUAUUUCCUUAGAUCAUUAUCUAGAGACUGCCAGCGGUGGGUAGGAUGACAAGGUUUCAGUUGCUUCUGUUCCUUGUCUUUCGUUCCUAGGGAGGCAAGGAACUGCAGUGCACGGUUUCUUCCAGGCUCAAGGUUCCUGGCUCGAGGAUUUUUACUAUAGGCACCCAGCCAAGGGCAUCUGCUUGCCAGAGCCCUUCCCUCCACCAGCCCACAUUUCCAAGUCAGCUUUCCUACAAGAAGAAAUCCUGGUAUAGAAAGGUCUUUUGUAGUGGGUCAGGAGUUGAAUCGGGGUGGGGGAAUGGGCUCAUCUGAAGAAAGGAAUGUGGGUGCCCAGAUGUGCACCCAUGAGAUGUUUCUCUGAUAAUGUCCCUAAUCAUGCCAGAGAGACCAGCAUUGAUAAGAACCUGGCCAGAAGCUCGAGAAGGCUAAAAGGACCCUGACCUGCCUGGCUUCCUUAGCUUGCAUCUCAGCUUUGCAAAAAGCCACCCUAGGCCCCAGCUGACCGCAUGCAUGUGAGCCAGCUAACAACACUACUGUAACUACCUGCUCAAUAAAAUCCAGGGUGGAAAUGCUGGUCUUUGUGUUGGUAUCUGGUCCUCAAGGCAGAAGGAAGGGUUGGAAAAGAAAGUGGGUGAUGAAGGUAGCAGUCACAGAAGAGGCAAGGUCUAAAGCUACAUGAAGCAGCCCUAGAAGGAGAAUGCAAAUGACUUGAGUGUGGGCCACCUGCCCAAGCUCCACACAGGCACGCAUCCUUUCUGACACAGAAGCCAGCGGUUUUCCCAAUGCUGGGGCUGUACAAUUGGUCUCUAUAGAG